CGGUUGAAGGGAUAGAUCGAUCCACUUCACUACGAGAAGAAGAGAGGAAAAAAAAAACAAACAAAAAAAAUUUGGGAAAAAUGUCGUCGUCGUCGCCGAUGGAGGUGGAUCCACAGCUCUCAAACGGCAGCUCCGUCGUCGCGGCAGCGCCCGCCGCGCCGCCGCCGUCUAAAUCCGGUAAGCUAGCUGAGGCUCUCAAACUGGAGCAUCAGUUACUCCGCGUGCCUUUCGAAAACUACAAAAAGACGAUCCGCUCCAAUCACCGCGCCGUUGAGAAAGAGGUAUCCGCCGUCAUCUCCGGAGUCUCUGCCGUCGCCGACUCCGAACUGUCGCGAGAUGAAGCUGUUGAUCAACUCAGCUCUCUCGUCUCCCGAUUGCAGGGCCUCAAAAGAAAAUCGGAAGAUGGAAGUCGAAUGGAGCACGUACAAGCACAAAAAUGCCGGGCUCGUCUGGAACAUCUAGAAUCUGCAGAACUGGAAAAUAUGUCAGAGUGGAAUAACACUCGGCUGAAGAGGAUACUUGUUGAUUACAUGCUGCGGAUGUCGUAUUAUGACACAGCUGUUAAGCUUGCAGAGAGCAGCAACAUUCAGGAGCUUGUUGAUAUAGAUGUGUUUCUUGAAGCAAAAAAGGUUAUCGAUGCUCUUCAAAAAAAGAAGGUUGGCCCUGCUCUAGCCUGGUGUUCUGACAACAAGUCUAGGCUAAAGAAGUCAAAGAGCAAAUUUGAGUUCCAGUUGAGACUGCAAGAAUUCAUUGAGUUGGUUAGAGCUGAUGAAAAUAUGCAAGCGAUAACGUAUGCUCGAAAGCACCUAGCACCUUGGGGAGCUACACAUAUGAAAGAAUUGCAGCGUGUUAUGGCAACCCUUGCUUUCAGGAGUAACACUGACUGUCAGUCCUACAAGGUCUUGUUCGAAGAAAAGCAGUGGGAUAUUUUGGCUGACCAGUUUAAACAAGAAUUCUGUAAAUUGUAUGGCAUGACUCUUCAGCCUCUGUUGAAUAUAUAUUUACAAGCUGGCUUAUCUGCGUUGAAGACCCCAUUCUGUUACGAAGAUGAUUGCACAAAGGAGGAUCCUCUAUCUCAGGAGGCAUUCCGCAAAUUAGCUCAGCCACUUCCAUAUUCAAAGCAGCACCACUCAAAACUUGUGUGUUACAUAACUAAAGAGCUCAUGGAUACUGAGAACCCACCUCUUGUCUUGCCGAAUGGCUACGUUUACAGCACCAAGGCUCUUGAGGAGAUGGCGAAGCAAAACAACGGGGAAAUCACUUGUCCUAGGACGGGUCUCGUUUGCGACUACACUGAAGUGUUGAAAGCAUACAUCUCAUAGAAAUAAAUUCCAGAGCUUAUUGUUCAUGGUUUCAUCUCUGUAUAUGACAGAUCUGUUUCUAUACAUGAAUUUCUGUCUGAACACAUGUACAUAGGCAGAACCUUUGCAAUAAAGUACUUCUUGUUUCUUGGGAAA